AUGGCGAAGAAAAAAGUGAGCUUGACCACGAAAGGGAACUAUGUCAUGAUGGACAAUGGGCUGGUGAAACUCACCAUUUUGAAGCCUCAGGGUUUCUUAACCGGGGUAAAGUAUGGAGGGAUGGACAACCUCUUGGACAUCAAGUCGAAUGAAUCCGGCAGAGGAUAUUGGGAUGCCAAUUGGAGUUUGCCAGGGGGCGACGACAGAUACCAAUUGAUCAAAGGGGCAGAGUAUAGUGUUAUUCAUCAAAGCAAUGACUGCCUGGAGGUCUCCUUCAAGAGCACUUAUAAUCCGUCUGCUCCAGGCAUGGCGCUGCCUCUAAGUGUCGACACAAGGUACAUUAUCAGAACUGGUGUUUCAGGCUUUUACUGCUACGCAAUAUACGAGCGCCCGCAAGGAUGCCGUGCCUUUGACCUUGCACAGACGAGGAUGGUGUUUAAAUUGCGACAAGAAAAGUUUCACUACAUGGCAAUUACAGAUGAAAAGCAAAGAGUAAUGCCUGUGCCAGAGGACCUACUUCCUGGCAGAGGCAAACAGUUGAUUGUGCCUGAAUCUGUUUUGCUAGUAAACCCUGUUAAUCCAGACCUCAAAGGCGAAGUGGAUGACAAAUAUCAGUACUCGAUGGACAAUAAGGAUGGUGGACUUCAUGGAUGGAUAAGUUCAGGUCCUAUCAUCGGGUUUUGGGUCAUUGUCCCAAGUUAUGAGUUCCGCAAUGGUGGCCCGACAAAGCAAAAUCUCACAAUGUGUCAUUCAACCCAUUAUAUAGGAGAUGAUAUCCUAGCUCAUUUUGGAGAGGGAGAGACAUGGAGAAAGGUCUUUGGCCCAUUCUUCGUGUACCUGAAUUCGACUACUAAAGCAUCAAAGGCACACAACUUAUGGUCAGAUGCAAAAAAGCAGAGAAAGAUUGAGGAAACAUCAUGGCCAUAUGAUUUUGUUUCAUCACCCUACUAUCUAGCCGCUAGCGAGCGUGGUUCAGCUUCGGGAAGACUCUUUGUCCAGGACAGGUAUAUAUCCAGUGCUUUAAUUCCUGCUAAAAAUGCAUAUAUUGGUCUAUCAGUGGCAAGGACUGAGGGAGCCUGGCAAACUGAGAGCAAAUCUUAUCAGUUUUGGGUUCAAACAGACUCCAGCGGAAGUUUCUCCAUAAGGAACGUAAUUCCUGGAGUCUAUGGACUUCACGGAUGGGUUCCUGGUUUCAUUGGUGACUACCUAGAGAAAACACUGAUUACUAUUACCGCAGAUUCAGAGACACUGCUUGGGAAUUUGACCUUUGUUCCGCUUAGACAUGGUCCAACCUUGUGGGAGAUCGGGUAUCCUGAUCAAACAGCGAUUGACUACUUUGUCCCUGAUGUUAAUCCGAUGUAUGUCAACCGGUUAUUUCUGAAUGGUCCUGAAAAGUUCAGACAGUACGGCUUGUGGGACAGGUAUACCGACAUACACCCUGAAUCUGAUCAAGUUUUCACAGUAGGGUUCAAUGAUCCAAAGAAAGACUGGUUUUUUGCCCAUGUUGACAGGAGAGGACCAGAUAAGUAUCUUCCCACAACAUGGACUAUUAAGUUCAAUCUGAAUUCAGUGACAGGAGGAACCUACAAGCUCAGGCUAGCCGUCGCAUCAGCUACUCGCUCCGAUCUUCAGGUUCAUAUAAAUUCUCUGGAUCAAGAACAUUUGGUGUUCCAAGUGAUGAAUUUGGGAACAGAUAACACAGUUUGCAGACAUGGUAUUUAUGGAUUAUACCGGCUUUUCAACUUUGACAUUUCUUCAUCAUUGUUGCUAAAGGGAGACAAUUCCAUGUAUCUCACACAAGCCAGAGGAGGCGAUGCGCUUUGCGGAAUUCUCUAUGACUAUAUACGCCUUGAAGCGCCAGCCACUGAUUAG